AGUCUCAAUAUUAUUAAAUAAAAUGAAACAGUUAAAAGCAAAUGGUGUAUGUUCUCAUGAUGUAUAUAAACCAUCAUGGUGGCUUUUUGAAGAGAUGAGUUUCCUAGAUCCAUAUAUCGCACAAAGAAAAGGAGAAUCUUCAUUAACAAUUUCAAAAACUCAGUCGAAGGAUACAGAAUCUGUUAAAAUGUAUGAUGAGGACAAUGACGAUUUAGAAUUUUUAGAUAAUAAAAAUAAUCGACAAGCAAAAGAAAAUGUUUGUCGAAAUAUACAACCGAAUGCAUCAUGCAGUUCUCCCACCAGACCACGUAGUGCAACACCAUCAAACAGAAAAAAAGUCAACUGUUUUGUCGACAGUCUUGACGAACUUCUUACUUGUGACAUAGAAGAUUAUUGGAAAAAUGCUAUCAAUGUAGUUAAAUCAAUGGGAAUGACUGAAGAGAUGGAAGAUGAAUUAAAACAUUGGAUUUUAUAUAUAGAAGGCAAAUUAAGGAAUAAUCCACAUCUGAAUAAUUUAGCAGCUGUACAAAGAAAAAUUAUUCAGUUGUUUCAUUUUAACAAUUUUUUAAUUUUUAUAAACAAUGCAUGUCCUUAUAAACAAUUUAUUUAUCUUUUAAAUAUUUAAAUUUUACCUUUAAGUAAUCUUUUCGAAGAUUCUCAUAUAAAACGCGACAAGUUUCAAGAAUUAUGCGAGAAAUUAUACAUGCUGAGAUUCUUGUUGAAUAUUCUAAACUUCUAUAACUUUCACUUGUAGCCAGAAAUCUCAAAGUAAGCGAUAAUCGUUCUCUAGGAGAAUAUAUUGGGUGCGUUCCCUUUAACGUUCGCAACGAUCGCGUGUAUCAUCUCAUCCUUAUUUAAUAUUCGAUUACAAGAAGGACAAAAUAAUACUCGCGAACG